AUGGCGGAGAAGCGGAAGAGCGUCGACGUCGAGGAGAUCGGCGCCACCACCGCCGCGGCGGCCCCGUGUACCACCGGGUGCGGAUUCUUCGGCAACCCGACCACCGGCGGCAUGUGCUCCAAGUGCUACCGCGAGCACGCCGCCACGGUGCCGCCCUCCGACGAGACGAAGAAGAUGCAGGACGUUUACAAUUACAAGACGAGCGCCGUCACGCCCGGAGCACCCCGCGGCGCGCCGCCUGAGAAGAAGGCCAGGAUCGACACGUGCGCCGCAACCCCCAUCGCGCCGUCCCCGACAAGAUCGCCAAGCUUUGAACGAAACAGACAACCGCUGUCGAACUUGUAG